GCAUCAUUCUGCGCGGCGGCGGCGGCGGAGCGCGGCGCGGAGGGGUAAAAGAAGAAGAAGAAGAAAAAGGUGGGAGGAAGGAGAAGGAGGAGGCGGCAGCAGCUGUGAGGCUGCGAGCCACGGCUAAAGCCUAAACCUCUGACAUGGCCACAGCCUCACCAAGAUCUGAUACAAGUAACAACCAUAAUGGAAGAUUACAGAUGCAAGUAACAGUUUCUAGUGCCAAACUGAAACGGAAAAAGAAUUGGUUUGGAACAACUUUCUACACGGAAUUAACUGCAGAUGGAGAAAUUAAGAAAACAGCAAAAUCAAGUAGUUCUUCAAAUCCAAAAUGGGAUGAGCAGCUGACAGUGAAUGUGACUCCACAGACUACGCUGGAAUUUAGAGUGUGGAGCCAUCACACUUUAAAAGCAGAUGCUUUAUUAGGAAGAGCCACUGUAGACUUGAGACAAGCUUUGGAAAUACACAAUAGAAAAUUGGAAAAGGUGAAAGAACAGUUGAAACUCUCUUUAGAAAACAAGAGCGGCAUGGUGCAAACAGGUGAACUGACAGUUGUGCUAGAUGGUUUGGUUGUUGAACAAGAUUCUCUUACAAAUCUCAGUUCAUCAGCAACCAUAGAAGUUCAGCAAAAUGGCGAGGCUGUGCAUGAAAGCAGAGAUGGUUCAGCAAGAAGUACAUCCAGAUCUGCUUGUGACAUUUCUAAUGGGAUAGACAAUCAAGUACCUUCCAACUCUGUAGUACAGAAUACAUUCUGUAUAGAAGCUGUUAAUGGAGACAGCACACCAUCUCCUACUCACGUUGCAGCCAGACCCAAAAAUACACCAGUACCAAAACCACUUGCAGCUCAGCCUGUCAACAGCACUGUUAAUGGCGAGUCAUCUGCCUCUGCACCAGAAGCUGGUAAUUCUUCUGUCUCUGAGGCUCAGAUAGGUUUAGUCGAAGCUCCCAUGUCUUCAGAUUGCACUAACACUACAGCAGAACCUCAGUCAACGACAGAAGCAACUAGUUGUUCUGAAAGCCACACUUCUGCAUUACCUGUUGUGUCUGCUGGACUAGAACCUACAGCUGCAACAGACUGUGCUCAACCUAAUGCUAGAAACAGUAUAGCAGCAGAAGCAGCAAAACCAAGGGAAUCCUCCUCCACCUCAAGUGCAUCUGCAGAGCCUGUAAGACAGCAGCCUGGUAAUGCCAGUACAGAACCUUUGCCACCAGGGUGGGAGCAAAGAAAGGAUCCUCAUGGUAGAACCUAUUAUGUUGAUCACAACACACGAACUACAACAUGGGAAAGACCACAGCCUUUACCUCCUGGCUGGGAAAGAAGAGUUGAUGAUCGUGGGAGAGUUUAUUAUGUGGACCACAACACCAGAACAACAACGUGGCAGCGACCAACAAUGGAAUCAGUCAGGAAUUUUGAGCAAUGGCAAUCUCAACGGAAUCAACUGCAGGGAGCUAUGCAACAAUUCAACCAACGAUACCUCUAUUCGGCUUCGAUGUUAUCAGCAGAAAAUGAUCCACUUGGGCCUUUACCACCAGGUUGGGAAAGGAGAGUGGAUUCAAAUGAUAGGGUGUAUUUUGUAAAUCAUAACACAAAGACAACACAGUGGGAAGACCCUCGAACUCAAGGUUUACAAAAUGAGGACCCUCUUCCAGAGGGCUGGGAAAUCAGAUAUACCAGAGAAGGUGUCAGAUACUUUGUUGACCAUAAUACAAGAACCACCACCUUCAAUGAUCCUCGUACUGGGAAAUCUUCUGUAAAUAAAGGGCCACAGAUUGCUUAUGAGCGUAGCUUUAGGUGGAAACUUGCUCAUUUCCGUUACUUGUGUCAGUCCAAUGCACUGCCAAGUCAUGUGAAAAUCAAUGUAUCCAGACAGACUUUGUUUGAGGAUUCCUUCCAGCAAAUUAUGGCAUUAAAACCCUAUGAUUUGAGGAGAAGAUUAUAUGUUAUAUUCAGAGGAGAAGAAGGAUUGGAUUAUGGUGGCUUGGCAAGAGAAUGGUUUUUCUUGCUUUCCCAUGAAGUACUGAACCCUAUGUACUGCCUAUUUGAAUAUGCUGGCAAGAGCAACUAUUGCCUGCAGAUAAAUCCAGCAUCAACAAUCAAUCCUGACCAUCUUUCAUAUUUCUGUUUCAUUGGGCGCUUUAUUGCCAUGGCAUUGUUUCAUGGGAAAUUUAUUGACACUGGUUUUUCUCUGCCUUUCUACAAACGAAUGCUGAGCAAAAAACUUACCAUUAAGGACCUAGAAUCUAUUGAUACUGAAUUUUACAACUCCCUAAUUUGGAUAAGGGAUAAUAACAUCGAAGAGUGUAACUUGGAAAUGUACUUUUGUGUGGAUAUGGAGCUCUUAGGAAAAGUAACCUCACAUGAGCUGAAAUCAGGAGGUUCAAAUAUCUUGGUAACUGAGGAGAACAAAGAAGAAUAUAUUGGGCUAAUGGCUGAGUGGCGAUUUUCUCGGGGAGUUAGAGAACAAACCAAAGCUUUUCUUGAUGGUUUUAAUGAAGUUGUUCCUCUACAGUGGCUACACUAUUUUGAUGAAAAGGAGCUGGAGGUUAUGCUCUGUGGUAUGCAAGAAGUUGAUUUAGCAGACUGGCAGAGGAACACUGUUUAUCGUCAUUACACAAGGAAUAGCAAGCAGAUCAUAUGGUUCUGGCAGUUUGUAAAAGAAACAGACAACGAGGUUCGCAUGCGACUUCUGCAGUUUGUCACUGGCACUUGCAGAUUACCACUGGGUGGAUUUGCUGAACUUAUGGGAAGUAAUGGUCCUCAGAAAUUCUGCAUUGAAAAAGUUGGUAAGGAAACCUGGUUACCAAGAAGUCACACUUGUUUUAAUCGUUUGGAUUUGCCACCAUAUAAAAGCUAUGAACAACUAAAAGAGAAGCUGCUCUUUGCCAUUGAAGAAACAGAGGGAUUUGGUCAAGAGUAGAAGUGGCUUCUAGUCAAAAAGGAGAUCUUGCAUAAUAAAAGGCCCAGCCAACUAAAAUUGCACACUUAAUUGUAUAUAAGCUUUUUGUUCUGUACAGUGAUAUUUCUGAAACUCUAAAAGUAGAAUUGUUCUCUGUUCUUCCACAAAGAUAUGCAAAACAGUUCAGCCUUUUCUACUUUUAUUUAUUGCCCUUCCAAAAGACCAGAAAAAACCCUCAUAAAUUUUGAAAGCAGACAAGAGACUUAUUUAAAAUAUAUAUAAAAAAUAUAAAUAUAUAUACUAAUAGGCUCUAGUUUUAUAGAGCUUUAAGUGUUUGAAAAGUUGCAGCCAUUUAAAAGGGCCUGGAUUUGCUUUAUCUUGGCUUUAUUAUUCAGAAAAAUGUUUAAACUGCUCUGUGUUCUCUCUUAAGAAACAUCUCCAAGUUUGUUUUAUUGCAUGGCUGUUCUAAAAGGUGUUAAAGGCUUAGGCCAAACGUAUCCUAAAUAUGUAGAAAGAUGCUGCUGGUAUUUGAGACGACAGAAUAUGUUGUUCUGUCAGUUUAAUUUUUUUAAAUAUAUAAAUAGCUGAUAUAUCCCUCUCUACUGAUGUAGCCAAGGUCAUGAAUAAAGCCUUUACUACUUGCACAAGAGUCAUGUACAAUAAGAUGAAUGUGAUUUAAUGUUGAAAGGAAUUGGUGCCACUGUUCUGACUUAUUGUAGGAGCUGAACAGAAUAUUUUAAUUCAUUUGAGCAGCAUUGAAAUUUGUUUACGUAUUACCUUGGGUUAUUACCACGAGGAUGUUAGGUAAUCUUCAAAGAAAAAAUAAUAAUAAAAGAGAAAAUACUA